AUGUCAUUUGACGUUGUCGAUGUCCAGGGAACAGAGAUUAGAAUUAUUGGCUCCGACGAUUGUGCCUUGGUUUUGUCAGAUAAGAUUGUACAGGGUACAGUGUAUUCAUUUUCUGGUAGUGGUGGAAUACGACGUUCCAAUCAGGCAUACACACCAUUUGAAGUGACAUGGGAGAUUCAGGCUAACAAAGGUAUGGAGUUUACAGCUUUGGAUGAGGAUGCAACGUUCCCAAGAAUUGUCUUGGCAAAAACAAGCAUAUUAAGUGCGUGUCAGAAGGAAAGGGACUCUUUUGUCGAUGUGGUUGGUAUCGUAAUAUGGAUCGGUACAAUUACAGUAACAUCUCGUGACAGUGGAACUUUUGUGAAGAAGAGAACAUUGUGUCUAGGUGAUGAUUCAGGCCACAGUGUUGAUCUAUGUCUCUGGGAUUUAAAAGCAGAAGAAGAGGGCUCAUAUAUACAGGAGCGGAUAGACAGUGGAGUUCAGCCAAUAAUAUGUGUCAAGGGUGGAAAGGUAUCGGACUACAAUGGUAAAUCACUUUCAGCAAUUGGUGUGAGCACCAUUCUUAUUGAACCGGAAAUGGAAGCAGUGGCUGAUUUGAGAGAAUGGAUGACAUUGUACUACAAUGUCACUAACUUCAUACAUUUGAGCACUUCAUCAUCCAGACAGACUGUUAGCUGCACCACUACUUUAUCAGAGAUAUCAAACAUGCAGUUAAAGGUGUUAGAGAGUUCCCCUAUCUAUAGAGUGAUAGCUACUGUGAAGGAAAUGAAGACAGAUGAGUUUUACUAUAAUGCAUGCAUCAAUGUCUUGAAUGCACGGCAAUGUGGCAAAAAAACUACCCGAACAGCAGAUGGUUGGUUCUGCAGUUAUUGCAAUAUUGAGUCUGCCAACAUGGAGUUCAAGUAUGCUCUAAAGAUGUGCAUCGAGGAUAGUAGCAGUCAUGUGUGGGCCAUUGCAUUUCAAGAGGCUGCACAGGAAAUAGUGGGAAUGUCAGCAAAGGAACUAGCUACAAUGCGAGAUGAGAACUACCCUGCAUUCUCACUACUUAUCGAUGGUAUCCGCUCAAAGAUUUACAAAUUCAAAAUCUGGAGCAAGCUUGAAAAAUACCAAGACAUGGAGAAGCUAAGGUUCUAUAUACUUGGACUUGACACCUAA